AGCAACACCGACACAAUUCCACAGCCUAACUACACAUCACAAUGUAGAAAAUACGUCGUGCACAAUACGCUAACGUCAUUAGUCGCUGAGAAAUUAUUAAACUUAUAAACUAGGAUCAUCAUGCUCAUUGCCUUUCUCUCACCCAAGUAGCACCUGGGCACGUGAGCGAUGUUCUGGUAAUGAACACGGAAAGAGUUAAACCUGAAAAUCCUGAGCUAAAGACAUGA